UGAUGUUCAGUAUUUGCCCUCGUCGUACAGCAGGUGGCACUACACACUACAUCAAACCCCUUCAGCAAAUUCGACCGAGGAAGACUUGCUUCAUUGCUGGAAAAAUAGCCCAGCGAAUGAUUUAUUUAAAUUUUGCGCUCCGUUUUUAUCUAAUUUCUCCUGAUUUUGCUAAAGUUUCGAGGGUGUUUAUUUUGUUUCUACUAUCAGAACUGCAAGCCAUUGACACCAGUUGCCGGUUGUUGAUGUCGUCGUGGGCGCGCAGUGUGAGGAGCAGCAGGCGGCUGUCUGUUCUCUCCUGCGGUGGAACGAAACCUUUUCGAUCUUUCCGAAGUCAGCCGUAUCCUGGACAGGAGGAAAGAAAAGACUCGCACCAUGGAGCAGAAGGCUUUGAGAAUUUGGAACAGAGUCAUGAUUACUCCGACCCUACAGAUUAUAAAACCUAUGAAACUUCACUUCAUGACCGAAACGUUACCUCCCUGAAGGAUGGAGACAAGCGCAGUGCUCUGUACCAGAGAUUUUAUCAACAAUUUCAUGGAGAUGGAGCCAAGCAGCCUGCUGACUGUGUUGUGCUUUCUUUGAACAACCAGAAGUUGGAUUACGCAACAUCGUUAGGCCACUGUUUGCAGGAGCGUGGCCUCAUGGUGGAAAUGCUUUACCUGCAGACGGAGUCAGGCUUGACCCGGGCCCUAAAGGAUGUCCGUUCAGAUGGUUCCCCCUUAUGUAUUCUCGUCGAACAGACCAAUGUAGCUCUCUCCUCAUGCACAGUAAUUAUAUUUUCAGAGUCCCUCAAAAUUCACCGCAACAUGCCCAGAGAGCAGGCUUUGGACUUAGUGAUGGUGGAGUAUGGGCGUGCGAGUGGUGCCCGGCGACAGUGUGACCCUGCGGAGGCAGCAGCAAGGGCUUCUGAGCUCUCUGAUGACUACCUGGAGCGGGCCAAGCUGGAGCGCCAUGCUGUGCCCUCUGCCACACGCCACCUGCUCCUCCUCAUGGCUGAGGGCCUACACCUGUACCCAGAGGAGCUGGACUCCAUCGCUGCGUAUGUACACAACCGCCAGGACCAUCUGCAAGCGAUCUCUCAAGAAGAAGAUGGUAAAGUUGCUCCUGAGACAACGAACAGUCUUCCUGCAGGUCUGGGGAAUCCACCGCCCCUUCUCUCUAAACCUGUUGGUUCUGUCCCCCCGCUCACUGAGCACCCGACCCCUUCCUCUGGCAUAGCCAAGCCAGCUCAUGGACAGCCGAUGAGUGCACCAGACUCGUAUCCCAAAACUAAGCCACCUCCUCUUCUCUCACUGAACAUCCUUCAAGGAGCUCCACAGGGUCUUCUGUCUCAUGAUCCACCAACACCGCAUGGCCCAAUUGGAACUCAAGCUCCCUCUACAUCUCGUGGCCAUUCACUACCACAUGGUCCCUGUUCCUCUGAGACACGUUCAAUACUGUAUGGUCCUCCACCUCUCCAUGGUCCUCCUGCUCCUCACAGUUCUUCAGCCUUUCGCAAUCUGCAACCAUUAAGCAGUCCCCCAGCACCAAGAGGAAUGCUAGCUUCACAUGCCACACAUCCACCAAGGCCUCAUAAUGGACCCCAUGGCUACCAUAUACGUGGACCACCACAACCACCUCAUGGUCCACUCUUGCAGAAUGGCCCAAGUGGGCUUAGAGCACCUCCACCCUUACUCAGGAACCUACGUGUGAGAAAUCCAGCAGGUCUGUCUUAAGAUCAGACUUAUUUCCAAAUCCAUAAAUACAAAGCAUUGUCUUUGUGAUUCGUUAAAACAUCUUGGUGGAGAAUGGAUUGCUACUAAGGCCAGAAUAAAUCCUGUGUAAAGUUGUCUUCUUUCUGGCAGGAGCAGCAGCACAGACUUUAAGCCGUCUCCCUCUAUGACGACUUACACAGGAAUAAUUCUACAUAUUCUUGAGGUUACCUUGUGAUUGUUCAUGUGGUUCUAUGUAUAUUUUGUUUUCAAUCUUUUGUAUGUAUUAUACUGUAUGUUGGUCUUUAUGUAUUUGGCACAAUCGGUUCAUUAAUAAAAAAAGAUCAGUUUCAGA